UGUUAUUUUGGUCUAGUUUCUGGCAAUGAAAUAUAAUCCAAUAUCGCCUUGACCAUUGUUUUAUAUAAUAUCCGAUUUUUUCAACAAAGUUCGCAUUGAUUUGACACCGGCGCACAUAUUUUUUUACACAUCUUUAUGGAAACUCAUGCAUUGUUUCCAAAACAAUGGAAUCUAAUGGAAUGUCAAUCAAGGCUCUUUUUUGUACCCAUGGGAGGAAAUGUGAUGAAUACAUCGACUCAUAUAAAAGAGCUACCUCAUACAGGAUUUGAUCUUAGUCUGAAAAUAUGAACCCUUGGAAUGAUAGUAAAACUAAGCGUUCACUUUUAUUGCCAGCAGGCCCUUUGGAUUAUUAUUAUUGGUGCUGCUAUAACAAAAGCCAAAGAUGAAAUUUGGCAACGGAAAAUUCCAAUUAAAUUCCUGAGAGCAGUCAUGGAACAACCGAAUUUAUGUGAAUCUGCUUAUGCUGAUUAUGAUAGUUGUGAAAAUGCCGUUUCAACCAAUAGUGUAAAAAGUAGAAGCACAGAUGAUGUGUAUGAAUUCAACAGUGAGGAGGUUAAUAUAGAGAAAAUAAUUGGGGAUUUUAUGCCAGUCGAAGAAAAACCAGAGAAACGAAGUCAUUUGCGAGCAGGUUGUGAUUGUCAAUUGGCGAGCACUCUAAUUGACUUAGGUCCUUCAUCAUUUCCUCGGCAUAUUCGAAAUGUAACUUGUGGUGAACAUAACCGAUGUCAAUAUGCACGAGCUAAAAAUCAUCAUUGUUUGCCGAUUCAUUAUCAGGUGAAAACCACCUUUUGUCCUACUCCACCCUCAUCCAAUUCUUCUAAAUUAAAUGUCUGUUUACAACAGGUUAGUGUGAUAAAGAUGCGACAAUAUGGAAUAAAUCCAAGCGAAUUGACUGAUGCAUAUAUAUUGCCACAAGGACUGCGCUGUCGUUGGAAAGCUAUGACUAUACCCACAGUGGUUGGAUGUGUGUGUGGACCGCAAUAUUAA